CGACUUCGCUUUUGCGAGUUUGUGCCGACUCCACGAAGACUUCACUGUACUGCACUUUUUUGUCGAUUUGGUACUCAAAUACCUUAAGUCAAGGUAGUAAAAGUGGACUUUUGUUUAUUUUUUGGGAAAGCAAUAAGCGGUCGUGUGGUAGUGUUGUUUAUUUCUGACGACUAAGUUUUGAGCUAGCAUGUCGAGCUACAGCCGCGGGUCGCCCAAAGCUCGAUCAGUCCGCCAGAAAUUAACCUUCACACCUAGCGAUGGAGAGGACGAGCCGGCUCUCUUCACAUUCUGCACGCCCAAGCCGAGGAAGGCUUCCCGGCGACACCUGGCGACGCCGCAGCGGUCGUACAACCGGGCCAACAAGGACGGAUCCAGCUCACCGAUCUCCGCCUGCCCUGAUACACCUCGCAAAACAGUGAGGAAACUGCGAAUUUUUGCCACGCCGCACACACCGGAUAGCCUUCUGCCCCGCGUGAUGGACUCCCCCAGUGCCAGGGGGUCCCUCUUCAAGAAUGUGGAGCCUGCGGCAACGUCCAUCAGAGACCGCUUCAACAGGAGACAGUCCACACCCCUGGUCAACUGGAACCCCUUCAGCCCAGACUCCCUGCUCGUCAUGUCGGCCACGCAGCAGCGCAACAACGGGAAGAAAGCGCACCGGAACGUCUCGAGUGGUGAAGACAUGGAGACAAGUGAUGCUGAGGGAGACCAGGAAAUCCUGCCAGCAUCCAAGGAUCACCAUGAGGAUCAGAGGAUCACCAUCAUGGACAGCAACAUGAGCACGUCCCGCUACGCUUCAGAGUUCCUGGAGCUGGAGAAGAUUGGCUGCGGUCAGUUUGGCGCCGUGUUCAAGUGUGUGAAGAGACUGGACGGCUGCAUCUAUGCCAUCAAGCGCUCCAAGAAGCCUCUGGCCGGAUCAGUGGAGGAACAGAACGCCCUGCGUGAGGUGUACGCCCACGCCGUGCUGGUCCAGCACCCCCACGUGGUGCGCUACCACUCUGCGUGGGCCGAGGACGACUGCAUGCUCAUCCAGAAUGAGUACUGCGACGGGGGCACGCUGUCCGACUUUAUUGCCGCCAACGCCGAACGCCUGGCUCGCCCGACGGAGCUGGAACUCAAGGACCUCCUGCUGCAGGUCGCCAGCGGCCUCAAGUACAUCCACUCCAUGUCGCUGGUGCACAUGGACAUCAAACCAAGCAACAUCUUCAUCUGUCGCCGCUCUGUCAGCCAUGAUGACGACAACAACCUGAACACCAGUGUGGUCUACAAAAUAGGGGAUCUGGGUCAUGUGACACCAGCCAACAACCCUCAGGCAGAGGAAGGAGACAGUCGAUAUUUGGCCAACGAAGUUCUCCAAGAGGACUACACUGACCUGGCCAAGGCGGACAUCUUUGCCCUCGCUCUCACCGUCGUCAGCGCCUCAGGGACGGAGCCUCUGCCCGCCAAUGGAGACGCCUGGCACGAGAUCCGCCGAGGCAAACUGCCCGCCGUCCCCCAAGUGCUCUCACCGGAGUUUGUCAGCCUGCUGGAGCUGAUGAUCCACCCUGACCCGACCACACGACCUUCCAGCUCUGACCUCGUCCGUCACCCGCUGCUCCUGACGGCCGCCACAAUGAGCGCCGAGCAGCUCCGAGUGGAGCUCAACGCCAUGGAGUUGAAGAAUGCUCUCCUGCAGAAGGAGCUUCACAAGGCCCAGAUGCCUAAAACCGCCGCCAAGGAGAGCAGCAGCAUACAGACCCGCUCCACCAGAACCUGCAGACGCAGUGGAAAGAUGAUGAGCCGCUCAGACAGCUCCAACGUAUUUUGAACGUUCGCAUUGCACAUAGUUAAACUUAUAGUUAUUUAAUCAACUUUUGAACGUUCACAGUAAAAAAAAAUAAUUAAAAAAGUGUUAAGCUAACUCUUAAAGAGUUGAUAUGGACAAAUUUUGGUUAAAAUUGUAAAAUGUACUCUAUAUGGUCAGUGUCAGUUUAAAAAAUGACACUAAUUGUAAUUGUUUACAUUU